AGAAGAUUAAUUUGACACUUGUAGUAAAAGCUUGCAUUGCUUAGUAUUGUAGAAUUCAGUAAAACGCGAUUCGCUUUUUUACAGUGGUUUUAGAACCUUUGUAAACAAUAAUAGCAAAAACAGCUCCUUUAGUAAAUGUACAGAAGACCUGCUUUUUAAUCAGAGAAUUAAUUUUUGAUAGUACUUUGACACGUUUUUGUCCCCGGGCUCACCCUAAAAUGCCAAAAGUGGAAUGAGAGGUACAGUUUGGAACGUUGUCAUUCUUUUACCCGCAAAUACAUAAAUAACCCUUCUGAAAAACUGGAAAGCCAGAGGGUGGGGAAACUUACAUCUUUUGAGAUCGUCAAGAGAACAUGUCAACACCUUCUAUCUCCAGAUGCAUUGGACACUUUUUCACCAUGUUGACGGCAUUUUAAAUAUAUUUGUCAAUUUUCCCAAAUUUUAACUGAAGAAAACUUUCAGAGUUUCUACUUGAGGACUGAAGUGUGACUGCCAAUUAUCAGGCCUUCAGGAUGAAUCUGGAAAAACUCAGCAAGCCUGAACUCCUAACACUGUUCAGUAUUCUUGAAGGAGAGCUUGAAGCCAGGGACCUUGUUAUAGAAGCUUUAAAGGCACAACACAGAGAUACUUUCAUUGAAGAACGCUAUGGAAAAUAUAACAUCAGCGAUCCUUUAAUGGCUCUACAGAGAGACUUUGAAACCCUGAAGGAGAAAAACGAUGGCGAAAAGCAGCCGGUCUGCACAAACCCACUGUCGAUUCUCAAGGUGGUGAUGAAGCAGUGUAAGAACAUGCAGGAACGGAUGCUGUCCCAGCUGGCUGCUGCCGAGAGCAGGCACCGCAAGGUGAUCCUAGACCUUGAGGAGGAAAGGCAAAGGCACGCCCAGGACACAGCAGAGGGAGAUGACGUCACCUACAUGCUGGAGAAGGAGAGAGAGAGGCUGACCCAACAGUUGGAAUUUGAAAAGUCCCAAGUGAAGAAGUUUGAGAAAGAGCAGAAGAAGCUGUCGGGCCAGCUGGAGGAGGAGCGCGCCCGCCACAAGCAGCUCUCGUCCAUGCUGGUGCUCGAGUGCAAGAAAGCCAGCAGCAAGGCGGCCGAGGAGGGCCAGCGGGCCGGGGAGCUGAGCCUGCAGCUGGAGAAGGAGAAGGGCCGGGUGGGUGCGCUGGAGGAAGCACUGGCGGCCGAGCGCAGGCGGGGCCUGCAGACGGAGGCCCGGGUGGAGAAGCAGCUGUCGGAGUUCGACAUCGAAAGAGAACAACUGAGAGCAAAGCUGAACCGAGAAGAGAACCGGACCAAAACUCUGAAAGAAGAGAUGGAAAGUUUGAAGAAGAUCGUAAAGGAUCUAGAAGCUUCUCACCAGCAUAGUAGCUCUAAUGAGCAAUCAAAGAAGCCAGUGACCACGUCUAAAGGCACAGUGACCGAGCCUCCCAGGCUAGUGUCUGUAUUCUGCCAGACGGAGGGUUUUCAGACAGAAAGAACCCAUGGGAGCAGCGUAGCCAAGACAGCAACCACUGGGCUGCCCGGUCCCACCACUCCCAGUUACUGUUAUGCAAAAGCCAAUGGCCAUUUUGAGCCAGAGAUGCAAAUGACCAAGGAGUCCGUUACAGGCAGCGGUGUGGAAAGCCAGACGCCUCCACGAGAGAAGUCUGUGGGCUCGGCCCAUGAGAAAGCCGUGGAGAAUGGUGGGUGUGCCGGGGGAAUCGAGAGCCCGGUCCCGGUGCCGAGUCAGCUGCCGUCCAGCAGCAGCUCACUGUCUCCCAGCAGCACCGCGUCCUCCUCCCUCACGUCCUCGCCUUGCUCAUCACCAGUGCUAACUAAGCGCCUGUUGGGGUCCUCAGCCAGCAGCCCUGGCUACCAGUCAUCCUACCAAGUAGGGAUCAACCAGCGGUUCCAUGCAGCUCGGCACAAGUUCCAGUCCCAGGCAGAUCAGGACCAGCAAGCCAGUGGUCUGCAGAGCCCUCCGUCCAGGGACCUGUCCCCCACCCUCAUAGACAACUCCGCCGCCAAGCAGCUGGCCCGAAACACGGUCACUCAGGUGCUCUCCAGAUUCACCAGCCAACAGGGGCCCAUCAAGCCCGUCUCGCCCAACAGCUCUCCCUUCGGCACAGACUACCGAAACCUGGCCAGUGCUGCCAACCCAAGGGGUGACACCAGCCACUCACCUACUCCAGGCAAAGUGUCCAGCCCUCUGAGUCCCCUGUCUCCAGGGAUCAAGUCCCCCACCAUCCCCAGAGCUGAGAGAGGAAACCCUCCACCCAUCCCACCCAAAAAACCUGGCCUCACGCCUUCUCCCUCCGCUACCGCGCCCCUGACCAAAACUCACUCCCAGGGGUCCUCUGGGACCACCGCGGAGGACCUGGCGAGCAGCUGCUCUUCCAGUGCUGCCGUGGCCAACGGCAAGGACGUUGAGAUACUUCUGCCUCCCAACAGCUAGUCCCUGAGGGGUCUGCGCCGUUGACAUUCCAUCAGAUCUUGUCCAAGAGCUCGGAGUCAGACCGUUGAGUCAGAUCAUGUUAUUUAUUUUGAUAGUAGCUGAAACCAUCUGUAUAAUACAUUUAGUGUAUUUCA